ACAGGAUUGCAGCAGACAGGCAUCCUGUAACCUGCCAUACGCGCCACCCGAAUAUGAUCGAAUUACAGACACCUCUCAAGAGCAUACUCAACUUUCGCGAUGUCGGCCAGUUUGUCAAUGAGAACGCAGAAACAGUUCGUCUCCAAACCGGUCUGCUGUACCGAAGUGCGCGCCCUGACGAGGCCUCCUUUCAGGACAGACAAAGGCUGUUAAACGAGUACAGGGUGAAGAGCAUCAUUGAUCUACGAACAAAAACAGAACACAUUGAACAAGCACAAAAGCACGAGGCGAGGAUUAAAGCCUCAGCAGCCGUACCCCAGACGAACAAGGAUGUUGCAGAGCCUUUACAGAUUACCGGCAUUGACUAUCACGAGAUCAACUUCAAUGGGUCGGCAUUCUCUCGGAUGCUCCUCUCCAAGCUCUCUUGGUUCGAGUUUUUCAAGCUGGCAGGUCUCAUGAUACUUGGGUACCGCAAGGACGCAAUCAAGAUUCUAGCACCUCAUAUGGAGGGCAUGGGAUUAAUUGGGUUGGCCCAGCAAUCUUUGGAUGUAUGCACGCGCGAAGUCACGCAGGUCUUCGAUCUGUUGGGAAUCGAAGAUAGUUGGCCAGUCCUAAUUCAUUGCACGCAGGGCAAGGACCGCACGGGGCUUAUAGUGAUGCUCGUCCUGUGGUUGCUUCAAGUCGACCAGGCAAUCAUUGACAAAGACUAUCGACUAUCCGAGCCGGAACUGGAGCCAGAGAUGGAGGGAAGACUAAAGGAGAUGGCGUCAAUUGGCUUGUCGGAGCAGUUUGCUGUCUGUCCCCCGGAUGUGGUGAACAGUACAUACUCUCAUAUCGUGGAGAAGUACGGCAGUGUUGAGCAGUACUUGGAGAAAGCUGGUGUAGCCAAGAACAAAGUGGACUUUGUGAAGAAGAAGCUACGAGCGGAUGCGUCGUAGGCGUGCCCCACCAAUACUAUCAAGUAAGCUUGGCGGAAAUCACAAUCUGCUCCUAUCUGGACCACCUUUUGGCGUGCUCCUGGAAGGGCUAGGCCAGACGCAGAAGAUAGAUAGCAGACGGGAGACGGCAGACGGCAAACGACCGAAGAGAUGGUGAGGCUGAGGUCAAGGUUGUUGUU